AUGCGAGAAGGGGACUUUAUUAUCAAUCCUGAACAGGAAAUAAAAGGUCUAAGAGCGGCUGACGGGCGGCGCGCGACUGGGAUUGGGACGGACGGCGAGGGCGAAGACGACGAACGGCAAGGGCCGAGUGCAGCGGACGGAGAUUGUUACGGCGACGAGCGGAUUAAGUGUGGCGGACGACUAGGGAUUGGGACGGACGGAGGCCAAGUGCGACUAGAGCUUCUAUCGAUUUUGGGCGAGACGAGAGUUAGGAAGACGUCGGACGGCAAGGGCCGAGUGCGGCGGAAGGCGAAGGCCGAGUUUGGUGGACGGCGAUUGUUACGGCGACGGGGGGCGUGA